UUAAGUACAUUACAUUUUGGCGCAGUCGGUUAUUUUAAUUAAAAUCAUGCCUUUUGGUAAAAUCGAGCCUUUUGACGUUAGUUCCCACAACUGGGAUGCAUAUUGUCGUCGGGUGAAGCAAUUUAUUGCGUUAAAUAACAUCAGUGAAGAUUUACACGUGGCCACGUUGGUAACACAUGUCGGCAUUGCAUGUUACGAAUUGAUGUGCGACUUGUGUUCCCCGGAUUUACCGGAAGACAAGAAGUUUGAACAAUUAGUGAAGAUUGUCAAAGACCACUUGGAGCCACAAAGGUCGGAGAUCGCAGAGAGACAUAUGUUCCGGCAAAGGAAGCAAAGGCAAGGGGAGAUAGUGAGUGAUUAUUUGAAAAGUCUAAAACAUCUCGCCAAACAUUGCAAUUUUCGGGAUUCUUUGGAGGUAAAUUUGAGAGACCAGUUUGUUUCUGGCCUUCAAAGUGAAGAUAUGAGGUCACGAUUGUUUGCCGAGCGGAACAUCGAUUAUAAGCGAGCAAUAGAACUCGCAUUGGCGCUCGAGGCAGCGGAGAGACAUGCAGCGGAGGCAGCGUCCGGGGCGAGUUCCAGCGCCAUCUCGGAAGGGCUGCAUCGCAUCAGAUCCUCACCAGCGCGCGCGGAGCGCGGGCGCAUGAAACGGCGCGAGGGAGCGGGUGGCGUGCAGGCAGACGCGGCGGCCAGGGCCGGUGCGCUGAGCCUCGAGGGCUCACGGCGCGGCUGCUGGCGUUGCGGGCGCAGCGGGCAUCCGCCGUCCCGGUGCCGCUACAAGUUCUACAGCUGUGAUUCGUGUGGGCAGAGGGGCCACCUGAAGGUCGUGUGCGGUAAUGUUGAUAAGUGUAGUGAUGCGGUUAUACAGAAAAACACAAAAGGUCAGUUGUUUUUUAAUGAU